CAGUCCGAGUUGAAGCGCCAGGGUUGGGCUGCGAGCCGGUGAGAAGGGAACCCCGGGGACACCACCCUCUGCUGGUGGCUGAGCCCCAGGCCCCUUUAGGGACCUACCCGGCGUUAGGCACUAAAGUGCUGAAGCAACAGCAACGCGGCGGCAAAGAAAGAAGACCUCGGUUUGACGGCGCACUGACUCGUUUCUCGGGGGCGUUCGGAGAACUUCCUAAGCGUGAACUCCUGGGCCGAGUGUAAUUUGGCAUCCCCAAAGCCAAGCCUCAAGGGACGCAGGGAGGCGUUGUCGCCCCGCCUCGGCCACUCACUGGGGUGGGCUCGCGUGGUUCGGAGCCUUUCCGGACCCAGGCGGGGCGGGCAGCUGCGCGGGGUCCUCGCGCGCGUCCCACGUGGCGUCCCGUUUCGCGGGGGUGGGCACUGCGACUCCCCGCUGCCCGGCCCACCAUGGCAGCCGCCGUCUGCUCGCUCCCUGACCUGGCUGCCGCCCCCAGAACGUUUUCCGGACGCCCCCGGGCCCAGGCCGGGCAGCAAGCAAAGGCUACCAAAAGAAAAUACCAAGCAUCCAGUGAGGCUCCCCCAGCAAAACGGAGGAACAAAGCAUCAUUUUUCCCAGCCAAGAAAACUAGCAUUAAAGAAACUCAGAGGACUUUCAAAGGGAAUACACAAAAAGCAUUUUCUCCAAAGAAAUACUCACUUAGCACAAAUGACAGAAACCAAGAAGAGAAGCGGUGCAUUAAGACUUCAUCAUUGUUUAAAAACAACCCUGAAAUUCCAGAACUCCACAGACCUAUAGUAAAGCAGGUACAAGAAAAAGUGUUUACUUCAGCUGCUUUCCAUGAGCUGGGCCUCCACCCACACUUGAUAUCCACAAUAAAUACUGUCUUAAACAUGUCUAGUAUGACCCGUGUUCAGGAGCAAACUAUUCCUGCAUUGCUGGAAGGCAGAGAUGCUCUUGUGAGAUCCCAGACGGGCUCAGGUAAAACUCUUGCCUAUUGCAUCCCUGUGGUCCAGUCCCUUCAAGGAGUGCAGUCAAAAAUACAACGCAGUGAUGGCCCCUAUGCACUGGUACUCGUGCCAACAAGAGAGCUGGCUCUACAAAGCUUUGACACUAUCCAGAAACUGCUGAAGCCAUUUACCUGGAUUGUGCCUGGAGUAUUAAUGGGAGGAGAGAAGAGAAAAUCAGAAAAAGCCAGACUUCGCAAAGGAAUAAAUAUUCUUAUCUCAACUCCUGGACGUCUGGUGGAUCAUAUAAAAUCCACAAAGAACAUUCAUUUUAAUCGGAUACGGUGGUUGGUUUUCGAUGAAGCAGACAGAAUCUUGGAUUUGGGUUUUGAGAAGGAUAUUACAGUAAUACUCAAUGCUGUAAAUGCCGAAUGCCAAAAACGACAGAACGUUUUGCUGUCUGCGACACUCACAGAAGGUGUAACACGGCUUGCAGAUAUCAGUUUGCACAAUCCAGUCACUAUUGCUGUCCUGGAUGAAAGCCACGACCAAUGCAACCCAAAGGGCAAAGUGGUCCAGGAAGUCUCACCUCUACGUACUGGUGACAAACUAGAUGGCUUUGCAAUACCAGAGAGUCUGGACCAGCAUGUGGCAUUGGUUCCCAGCAAACUGAGGCUUGUCUCCCUGGCAGCCUUCAUUCUUCAAAAAUGCAAGUUUGAAAAAGACCAGAAGAUGAUUAUCUUUUUCUCAAGUUGUGAGCUGGUGGAGUUCCACUACAACCUCUUUCUACAGACCCUGCUGAGCAGCCCAGGGGCCCCGGCAUUAGGGCAGUUACCAUCUGCGUCCGCACGAUUAAAAUUCCUACGGCUGCAUGGCAACAUGGAGCAGGAGGAAAGAACAGCAGUGUUUCAGGAAUUUUCACAUUCCAAAAGCGGCGUCCUUCUUUGUACGGACGUUGCGGCUCGGGGCUUAGAUCUCCCUCAAGUCAUGUGGAUCGUUCAGUACAACGCUCCGUCUUCACCUGCAGAGUACAUCCAUCGGAUUGGAAGAACUGCCCGGAUUGGCUGCCAUGGGAGCAGCCUGCUCAUUUUGGCUCCUUCGGAGGCAGAAUAUGUCAACUCGUUGGCUUCUCACAAAAUCAAAAUUCCUCCUCCUCUUUCUUUCUCUUUCUCCCUGGGAAGUAUCUUCUCAGCAGCUCGUGUCUCCUCCUUCAUUUCUAAUACACGAGUCUGUAUCUGCUUCCCACACGUGAAUGCCGUGGCCUUGCAGACGACUGGGUGGAGUGCAGGCUUUCCAGACUCCUCUGGUAGCAGCAUCUCAGAGAUUAAGGUGGAAGAUAUUUUGUCUGUUCUGACAAGGGAUGAUUGUUUUAAAGGGCGACUGUGGAGAAACCAGAAAUCCCAAGCUGUUGGCCCCCAGGACAUCCGAACGCGAGCCACAGUCUUGCAGACGGUAUUUGAAGAUUAUGUGCACUCCAGCGAGAAGAGGGUCUCCUGGGCAAAGAAAGCUCUACAAUCCUUCAUCCGAGCCUACGCAACCUACCCCAGGGAGCUGAAGCACAUCUUCCACGUUCGGUCCCUCCACCUUGGGCAUGUGGCUAAGAGCUUCGGCCUAAGAGAUGCCCCCCAAAAUCUUAAUGUCUCAGCUGUAAAGAAGAAGAAAGCAAACCUGAGAAGGCCUGACCUUCCUAAGAAGACCCAGAGUAAACGCCACCUUGCCGAAAUCUUACGUUCCGAAUACUCCAGUGGGUUGGAGGCCAGUGUCGCCAAGGUCAAAAAGCGAGACAAACGGAGAGCCUGGCAGCACCGCCCAGCCAGCGCCGCUCUGGCCGUGGGAAAAAAUUGAGAAGCAGAAAAAGACCAGAAAAGGCUUACUGAAAGACUGAGACUUCCCAGAAAGUUUUUUAAAAAUCUCUCUCCACAGGUCUGAGUGUCAGAGUGGAUCCGGGAGGCCCCAGUGGCACUGGAUGAUUCCCUUCCCCCCCAUUUGUCAGAAGAGCCCAGUGAAAAAUAACAGGCCUUCCCCUGAAGAGGAAGUCUCAGCAGGAGCCCCAGCCCUUAUCUCCUGUGGGAGGAGCGCUGAUAGAAGUCAGCGGUAGAGAGUCAGCACAGCAUGAACUAGCCAAGUAACUGUAGGAGCCGCCUGUGUGGAUCCCAUCGUGUCCAUUCGCCUUCACCCAGGCACUGACUUGCCCUGGAUGAGCUUGUGCCCACCCUUGAUGUGGUAGUGCCCUGUGCACCAUCCUGGCAGGGGUUUGAUUGUUGCCACUCAGUAGUUCAGAAGAGUUUCACAGCUUCACUUCAGCCCUAUCUAUGCAUAUUUUGGCUUUAAUUUUGGGAAGUAAAAUGGCAAAAACUGGAUUUGGAUUUGUAAAAUGAGAAAAAGAUAAUUAUCAAAUAAUCAUUUUUAUGUACAAAUGCUUUGUUAAAAAGGACAAAGUUUUGGGCGGCGCCUAUGGCUCAAAGGAGUAGGGCACUGGCCCCAUGUGCCGGAGGUGGCGGGUUCAAACCUGGCCAAGCCAAAAACUGCCCCCCACCCAAAAAAAGACAAAGUUUUUGGUCUGGCUUAAAAAUCUAAUGUGUUUUCAGGCACAGUAGGAGUCCUCUUAUUUUCUUAUAGAAAUGUGAUUCUGUAAACAACAGUGUUCAUCCACGUACAUUGCUCCUUUCCUGUCCACAGAAAAUUCACUCUCUCAGGGCUGAUUUACUGUUGCCUUUUUAUUAUUUGCCUUUGAAGUCAAAAGGCCCCAGCAUCUGAGCUUUUUUUUUUCUGCAUCAAAUUCCAUCUUCAAGAAAAGUCUGGGGGGUCUUUGUAUUGUAACCCAGGCCACAGCUGCCCUCCCCUUCCCUUGUGUUUUCGGGGAGGUUUGAAAGAGGCCUCCUGGAGCGUAUUGAUUUCCCAAUAAAUGUAAGAUUUGGACACUUUGAGAGGGGUCCAAACGAGAAAGGGUUAAAAGCCUCUGUCCUCCCAGGUUGGUCUCAUCUGUGGUUUCCCAGGAUGAGUGUUGAGGCCGCACUUCAGACUCCCAGGUCCCCCUGAGCUAAACAACCAGGAGAGGACGGUGAGAGGGGCAAGGUGGGCCUUUCUGCUGACCACGGAGGAGUCAGCGUCCUUGCCUUGUUCCAGGCACACACAGGCUAGCGUCAGCUAACACCAACACCAAAAAGGCCUCCAGUGUGGGGGUGCUGUGGGCCUACUGAGAAUUGAUCCUCUGCCUGAGGAAAAACUGGACCUUCUCAGAGUUGGCAGUCACAUACAAAUUCAUAGAGACCCUUGGUGAAAUUUGUAACAGUAAUAAUGAAAAAAAAAAAACAUAGCACACAUCAACUGGGCAAAUCUGCCACUUUUCUUUUAUUUCAGUGUGUAAUGGUUCACACAAUUUGGAUGAGAAAAGGAGGGAUCAAACUUUAUAGACAAAACCCAGCUGUGUGAAAAACAGGAUUAAUGCCAGUGAUUGGGGUUGAUCAAAGAGAAACCUUACUUUUUUCCCAUAGUGUUGAUUUCAUAAAAGGGUGAAUUGGCAGACAUCAAAUUCCUGCUGGGGGAGAGAAGUGUUAGAAUGGUACAAAGUGUAAGUGACUGUAAUCCCAAGAUCAAAACUUACACACCUGGUGUGCUAACUCUUGGGCGAGGAUUUCCUGCCGUAGACGCUAUGUGGAUGUGUUUCUAUGUAGAAUCAAUGUAUGAAUCAAUAAAUGUAUCCCAGUUACUAAAAAAACAUGGAUUUAGCAGAUUAAGGGUUAAUAUUAUUUAAAUAACCUUAAAUAAAUCUCUUUCUCUUAUGGCUCCAGACAGAUUAUACAUUUCAGGCAUCAAUUAGGCUAAGCUUUAGCCUAAUUCCAUUGUACAUAAUAUAAUUUUUAUGUGUAUUUUUAAUCAUGCCUCUUUUUUUAAUUUCUCAAACUUACCCAUAUCUGUGUCAUAAGCCUGUUUCCCACAUUUAAAGUCAGAGAAUUUGGGCAUUUAUUGGAAUGUUGCAUCCUGAAGCGUUUUUCUCUGGUGGGCUUAUAGAAGGCUUUUGGGGAUCUAAAACAUCCUCAUGUUCCCAAUCCUUAAGGGCUGCCAGUCUUCAGAAGGGCCCCCAUCCCACUCAGUCACUAAGGGGACAGAGUCCUGGGUGAGGGAGUAAGUGGGUGUUGAUGCAAUGAGACAGCACUUUCCUCUCUUAGAGCAGCAAGGGAUAUUUUUUGACAAAACCUAGUAGGUUCUUUUGGGUUUUUUUCUUUUCUCCCUGGAGUGAAGAGAAGUGAGUGUAGGGAAUACACACCUUGUAAGUCUAG